GGUUGACGGACGCACGUAAGACAGAAGUCUUAAAUAUUGUUUGAGGUUCAAGUAAUAAACCUAUCAUGUCUCAAGUUGUUGGUGUAUGGGAAGUGAUGCUAAAUGGCAAGCUUCAUCAGAUUGAGUUUGAGCACGGGACUACUUCCGGAAAGAGAAUCGUCAGAGUUGAUGGGAAGGAAAUUUUAAAAAGAGAAUGGCUCUUCAAACUUGUAGGACAUGAAAACUUCAAAAUUGGUAACAAUAAUUGCUCAAUCAUCAUUUAUCCUGCGAAAGGUCUGUCGUUUGAAUACUCGUUAAUUGUCAAUGGAAAGCAAUAUAAAAAAUUUAAAGAGAAUCAAUCCAAAAUUUUAAAGACAUGGACUGUGGAUGUUGAAGAUGAACCCACUAGGGUUGUUUUAGAAAAGGAUACUUUAGAUGUUUGGGUAAAUGGAGAGAAAGUAGAGUCUGCUGGUGAAUUUGUUGAAGAUGGAACAGAAACUCACUUUGUACUCGGACCAUAUCAGGCUUACAUCAAAGCUAUCAGCAGUGGCAACAAGAGAGAGGGCAUCAUUCACUCUUUGAUUGUCGGUGACUCCAUAAUUCCUGAAAGUAUGGAAUAA